UUUAUUACCACCCGCACAGGAGGAGGACUGCACCACCACACUCCACGCACCCGAGCUCUCUCUCCAGACUCCAGCCACCAGCCACGACACCAGCGCACGAGCUAGACGGUGACUCCUCCCUCUCAGCCAGGUCAGUGCAACGGCAACCAUGGCGUUCACGCACCGGCACCUCGACCUCAUCCGCGCCCACCUCCUCGACGACCUCCACGCCGACGCCCUCGCCAGCAGCAGCGGCGACUCCGAUUCAAGCGCUUCGUCGCCGCCCGGGCGGCGGAGGCCGGCGCUCUCUUUGUCGCUGCCGUCGAAGCCGGCCACGACGAUGGUCCUGGAGCGGCAGCUUCAGCAAGCGAGCUGCGGCUACGUGGAGGGACAGGAGGAGGAGGACGACGACUUCCGGCGGUACCGGGGCGUGCGGCUGCGGCCGUGGGGCAAGUUCGCGGCGGAGAUUCGGGACCCGGCGCGGAAGGGCGCGCGCGUGUGGCUCGGCACCUACGACGACGCCGUGGAGGCCGCGCGCGCCUACGACCGCGCCGCCUUCCGCCUCCGCGGGUCCAAGGCCAUCCUCAACUUCCCCAACGAGGUCGGCACCCAAUCCAUCCAGUGGGUCCCGGCUGCUCCCCUCGCCGCCGCCAUGCACACCGGCGGCAAAAGGAUGAGGCCGGCACAGGAGGAGGAGCGCCUGAGGGUGGUGAAGAAGGAGAAGCUGCAGCUGAUGAAGGAUGAGGAGGAGGAGAGUGCAAUUGCGGCGAAUUGCAGCGCUGCAGCUAGAGACGCCGACUUCUGGGAGGAGCUGAAGGUGAUCUGCAGCCUGCCGCCCCUCUCACCGCUGUCGCCGUACCCGCUCUUUGCCUUCCCGCAGCUCUCGGCCGUCAACUAAGCAGAGCCGGCCGACCGCCGACGGCCAGACACGCGCGCGCAGGGGUGGCUACUGGCCUGUUAGACCUGUCGUGCCGCAUGCAUGACAGGGGAGCGCCCUCUGCUUAACCCUGAAUUUGGUUGGAUCACAGGGCGUUCUUUGAUUAAUCUGUCGUUACUACGAUAAAUUCAUUCGUUCAUUCGUUCUUUGGUUACAGCAGCGAUUUGUCAAUGACAUGGAAUUUGCAAACUAAAGUACGAAGCUGUUUUUUAAA